AUCACUUUGAAUAUUCACCAAGAGAUUCAUCUCUCUCUUUUAGACUUUUCUUUCUCUCUCUAAGGCAAAAGAUAUCAAAUGGCGAAACGCGGGCUUGUUUACCCUGCUUCACUUCUUCUUCUUCUUCUUCUUCUGUCAUGCUUUGCAGAAAUCUCUUUUGGAAAGGUCCUCUUUUCUUCCCUCAAACGGACUCUUGUUGUCACUGCUUCACCAAAAGAAGGACAGGUUCUCAAAGCUGGUGAAGACAAAAUCACAGUGAACUGGGGUCUAAACAAGACGUUCCCGGCUGGCACUGACUCUGCUUAUAAGACCAUAAAAGUCAAACUAUGCUACGCGCCAAUCAGCCAAGAGGACCGCGCGUGGAGGAAAACCAAGGAGGAUCUCUCCAAGGACAAGACCUGCCAGUUCAAAAUCGUCUCUCGCGCCUACACCGCCUCUGACCAAAGCUUUGAGUGGACCGUGGAGCGUUACGUGCCCUUGGCUACGUACUUUGUACGCGCCUAUGCUUACGACGCCAACGACGAUCCGGUGGCUUAUGGCCAAUCAACCGAUGGCAAGAAAACCACCAACUUAUUUGACAUCAAAGCAAUCACUGGACGCCACGCGUCACUCGACAUUGCCUCUAUUUGCUUCAGUGCUUUCUCUGUUGUAUCCCUGUUUGGGUUCUUUUACGCUGAGAAGAGAAGGGCAAAAUCGUCCCAACAGAAGUGAAAUGGUUAAUCUCACUUCCUUCGAGGUUGUUAUACGCUAAGCAUGUUUCUGAGGUUUUUUCUUUUUGUUUUUUUUUUUUUGUUUGUAUAUCAUAUGUGGUAUAUUAAGAGCUAAAGUACAUGCUAGACAUUACUAUUGCUUGUGGAUCACUCAAAAUAUUUGUUUUGAGGGUUUGACAUGUUAUUGUAUAUUGUCUAGUAAUGUGACAUUUGUUAGGAAAAAAAAAAGACUUUGUGAAAGAUGGGUCUGAGGGAGUAAUUAUCUAAGGUGUACCAUGAACUUGGGCGGUCCAAAUUCCAAGAUGGGCAAGUUGGAAUUUUCACCUUUUGUUAAGCUCUGAAGAAAUAAGAACUUUUAUUUUGUAAUAA